UCCAAGUGUCGAAGCAUUGGUUAUCCGGGGAUAUCGCACUGCUGGGUCUCUGUAUUUCUGCGGAUUGACACAAUACAGUCACAUAAUAAAUAAAAAAAAAGAAAAAAAAAACCCUAAAACAUUAAGGCCAAAAGAUGGCAGAGCUGGGAGCGGGGAGCCUGCAUGGGGGGGAUCUCGCUUUCAAUUACCAGGAGCAAGAGCAUAACGAGCGAUUGAAGCGGCUGUACCCGGCCGUGAAUGAGGAAGAGACCCCUUUACCCCGGUCCUGGAGCCCCAAGGAUAAGUACAGCUACAUCGGGCUGUCACAGAACAACCUGCGGGUGCAUUACAAAGGUCACGGGAAGAAUCACAAGGAUGCCGCGUCAGUCCGGGCGACUCACCCCAUCCCGGCCGCCUGUGGAAUCUACUACUUCGAGGUGAAGAUUGUCAGCAAGGGCAGAGACGGGUACAUGGGAAUAGGGCUGUCAGCGCAAGGAGUCAACAUGAACAGACUGCCAGGCUGGGAUAAACAUUCCUAUGGUUACCAUGGUGACGACGGGCACUCCUUCUGCUCUUCAGGCACUGGCCAGCCAUACGGGCCUACCUUCACUACGGGCGACGUGAUUGGCUGCUGCGUCAACCUCAUUAACAAUACCUGUUUCUACACCAAGAACGGGCACAGUCUAGGUAUAGCAUUCACAGACCUUCCUCCGAACCUGUACCCCACUGUGGGGCUCCAGACGCCAGGUGAAAUCGUGGAUGCAAACUUUGGCCAGCAUCCCUUCGUGUUUGACAUCGAGGACUACAUGAGCGAGUGGAGGGCCAAGAUCCAGGGCAUAAUCGAGCGCUUCCCCAUCGCAGAGCGGCUCGGGGAGUGGCAGUCCGUGCUGCAGAAUAUGGUAUCUUCCUACCUGGUGCACCAUGGGUACUGCGCAACAGCCACUUCCUUCGCCAGAGCCACUGAGACCACGAUUCAGGAGGAACAGACUUCAAUAAAAAACAGACAAAGAAUACAGAAGUUAGUGUUAGCAGGCCGAGUUGGAGAAGCCAUUGAAGCAACGCAGCAGCUAUAUCCAGGACUCCUGGAACACAACCCCAAUCUACUGUUCAUGUUAAAAUGUCGGCAGUUUGUGGAGAUGGUGAAUGGCACGGACAGCGAGGUUCGCUGCUUCACCACUCGUUCCCCCAAAUCCCAGGACAGCUACCCCGGGUCCCCCAGCAUGAGCCCCCGGCACGGAGCCAGCAACCCCCACCUGCACGGGACAGGAGCGGACAGCCCCACCUGCAGCAAUGGAGUGUCGUCAGGGAAAAACAAACAGUCCCAAAAUAAAUACCCCGGCCUGAGUUCCUCCUCCUCUUCCUCCUCCUCCUCCUCCUCCCCUUCCUCCGCCAACUACUCAGAGUCCAACUCCACAGACUCCACCAAGUCCCAGCAGCACAGCAGCACCAGCAACCAGGAGACCAGUGACAGUGAGAUGGAGAUUGAGGCAGAGCACUACAGCAAUGGAGUCCUGGAGAAUUCCUCCACCAGGAUAAUGAACGGCACCUACAAGCACGAGGAGAUUCUGCAGGCCGACGACUCCAGCCUAGGCAAUGGACUUGCAGAGGAGGGCUGCACCCCUAGGCUGCUGUGCGGAGGGAACCAAGCCGCCACAGAGAGGAUGAUCCAGUUUGGCCGAGAGCUACAGGGCCUGAACGAGCGGCUGUGCAGAGAGUAUGGCAAGAACGCAGCGCACAAACAGAUGCUGCAGGAUGCGUUUAGCUUGUUAGCCUACUCCGAUCCCUGGAACUGCCCAGUGGGACAGCAGCUUGACCCAAUGCAGAGGGAAUCUGUCUGUGCCACACUCAAUAGUGCUAUUCUAGAGUCUCAGAACCUGCCGAAGCAGCCCCCCCUGAUGCUCGCCCUGGGCCAGGCCACAGAGUGCCUGCAGCUGAUGGCCCGUGUCCGCUCUGGGUCCUGCUCCUUCGCCAGAGUCGACAGCUUUUUGCACUAGCCAAGGCAGAGGCAAUGUACAGGACAGCUAACAAGAGGACUUAACUGUCUGGAAUGUGAUGAAUGAACUGGACCCCCCCCCCCCCCCCCCCGCUUUACUCUUACUGAUUCCCUGCAUUGGUCGUAAUGGCUUUGGCGUGGAGCGGUAGAGCAAUGCCGCCCCCAGGAUCAGGCCAGGCAGUGGGGCUAAGGGGAGCCUGAAGCUGCUUCAGACACACUUCUCCCGCAUAAUUUGUUGAUAAUCAUUUUUGAUGGCAGAUAUCUGUGUGAAAAAAAAAAAAAGGAUCUGUGCUAAAUGACUCUUGCUGUAUUCUUCUUCAGCGUUUCUCAGAUACUUUUGUAUCCAUCUCGUUUGUACCUCCCCAAAAAAUACUUGAUGUAAAAAUGUCUAACAUUUCUUUUAAUUUAGGGUAGUUCAGAACCUAAAAGGUAACACUGCCUGUUUAUUAUGUGGUUAUAUACAGAGUUCACUAACAGUGACACACUUUUAAUCAUUUGUGUUCUUGGUAUUUAAAAGGUUGCCAUGUCUGAGAAGUGCAUUUUAUUGUCCUCGUUAACCGAGUAAUGACCUGUGAUUCUGAUUGUUCGGGGGGAAAAGUAUUAUUUCAGUUUAUUAUCUAACCCUAACCUUAUUCUUUUUAUUCUGAGUUCUCACUGGGAGACAGUGAAACUCGUCUAAUUAGUUCCUCUUUUAUCCUGUUUGCGUGGUCUGUAUAGGCUCCAGAUGCCUAUAGAAUGGGAUUGUGUUGCUCUGAAUGCUGUCCAGGGGAUUGGAAGUGGGGGCAGCAGCUGCAGCAGUGCGCAUGGCUGUAUACAGAGCCAGUGCCCCCCCUUUUUUAUUGAGUACAGGUGCAUCCUGUUGGGUUCUGAGUGUACCCCAUAGACUAACACCAAGAACCGUGAUAUCUUAAUCCUGAUCUCUGUCAGUCCGAACUCAAAUUCUGCAAUUCGUCGUUCGUCUUUGAUCUGAAUUUGUCUGGAUAAAGUUAAAAUAACACGCACCCCAGAGGAAUUCUCCAAAGGGCUGAAGGAUUGGAUUUUAUUGGAUUGGAACGAUGAAUCAUUAAAGCAAGCUGUGCACAGUGUUUUAUUUUUUAUUGAUUUAUUUUUUUUUUUUCAGUUUGCUCUUUAGUAUUUGUGAAAUAAGUUACCCUCUACUAGCAUGAACCUUUGAAAAUCUUAAUAA